CCGGGCACGGGGGCCGGCACCGGCCGGGGGACGCCCGGGAACGCGCGAGCCUGGCGCCGGGGGCUCCGAGCCGGCCGGCGGGGCCCAGCGCGCUCGGUCGGGAAACUUCUGCGGGCGCGAGGCCGGAGCUCUGCGCGGGGCCCGGGAAGGCCAGGAAACCACAGAAUAUUUGUGAUCUAAGUCAGGAGCCCAGAUGAACUUAAGGGAGCGAGCAUGGGAUUCUUAGUUUUCCAGGAUCCAUGUGCACCAAAUCCUUAAACAGCCCAACACCAGCGUCCAGGCUUUCUCUGGUUUUGUGAAGACUUAGCAAAACUCUGAUGAUGGAAAAGCAAAAGACUUAAUUAUUUGCUUCGAUAGCCUCUAACAUCAGUGGAGAAGUGAAUCAGACGGUAGUACAGCCAUGGAAAGAAAUUCAAGUUUAUGGAAGAACCUAAUAGAUGAACACCCAGUCUGCACCACCUGGAAGCAAGAGGCCGAAGGAGCCAUCUAUCAACUUGCCAGUAUUUUAUUUGUAGUAGGUUUCAUGGGUGGCAGUGGAUUCUUCGGGCUCCUUUACGUCUUCAGUUUGCUGGGGUUGGGUUUCCUCUGUUCUGCUGUCUGGGCUUGGGUAGAUGUCUGUGCCGCCGACAUAUUUUCCUGGAAUUUUAUAUUGUUUGUCAUCUGCUUCAUGCGGUUUGUUCACAUUGCCUAUCAAGUCCACAGCAUCACCUUUGCCCGAGAAUUUCAGCUGUUGUACAGCUCCCUCUUCCAGCCUCUGGGGACCUCAUUGCCUGACUUCAGAACUAUUGCUAUGAGCUCAGAAGUGGUUACUUUGGAAAAGGAGCACUGUUAUGCCAUGCAGGGGAAAACCUCCAUUGACAAACUCUCCCUGCUUGUUUCAGGAAGGAUCAGAGUGACAGUUGACGGCGAAUUUCUGCAUUACAUUUUCCCCUUCCAGUUCCUGGAUUCUCCUGAAUGGGACUCACUGAGACCCACAGAGGAAGGCAUUUUUCAGGUAACCCUCACAGCUGAAACUGAUUGUCGCUAUGUGUCUUGGAGGAGAAAGAAAUUAUAUUUGCUCUUGGCUCAGCAUCGUUACAUCUCUCGCCUAUUUUCAGUCUUAAUUCGUAGUGACAUUGCAGAUAAACUCUAUGCCUUGAAUGACAGGAUAUAUAUAGGAAAAAGGUACCAUUACGAUAUUCGGUUACCCAACUUCUACCAAAUGUCAACUCCAGAAAUGUCCAGGUCACCCCUGACAGAACAUUUUCGGAAUUCCAGGCAACAUUGUGAUAAAUAACAUUGAAGUCUGAAGUUUUAUAAUUGUAAAAAAAGACUCUCUUCAUCAUUCCCCAAAUGAAAUAGCAAAAUACAAAAAAUCGAGCUCACUAAUAUUUUUAUAAAUCCAACUCAGAGGUAAGAUGCCAUUGCCAGCUGUUUUAUUCAUCUCAACUUGUGGACUGUGAAUAAAUUCGACACUGUUUUCCUGUA